CCCCACCUCCCCGGAGCGGCCCGCGAUGUGGGCGCUGCUGCUGCUCCCCCUCGGGCUGAGUCUGACCCCACAACCGCCCGGUGUCCCCCCCGAGCCGGGGGGGGGCUGCAGUGUGUGCCGGAGCCCCCACCGCCGCCACGUGGAAACCAACGGCACUCUGGGGACCUCCAUCACCCUUCAGUGUCCCUAUGGGGACAUCCAGCUGGGACCGCUCCUGGCCGUGCGGUGGCACUUCGGGGGGGUCCCGGUGUGCAGCCAGGGCCGCCGGCCCCCCCCCAGCUGCAGCCCCACAUAUCGGGGCCGGGCCGGGCUGGGGGAUCCCGAGGGGACACUGCUGCUGCGGGGGCUGCAGGACGGGGAUGAGGGGACGUACAGCUGUGUGCUGCUGGGGAGCGACGACUGCGCCUGCGGGGGGGUGACGCUGCGGCUGUGGGGUGCCCCCUGCAGCCCCCCCUGCUCCGACGCCUCCACAGCUGCUGCCUUCAGCCUCAUCCCACCCCCACUCCUCCUCCUCCUCCUCCUCCCCACCCUCAUCCUGUGUGUGUGAUGAGUGUGUUUGCGCGUGAAUGUGCACACGCGUGUGCGUGCGUGUACACACGGGAGUGCGUGUACGCAUGCGCGUGGGUAAGAGCACACGUGCGCACGCAUCCGUGCACAUGCGCGUGCACACGGGAGCGUGCAGGCACGGAUGUGCACGCGUGUGCGUGUGAGUGUGCACAUGUGAGCGUGCAGAUCUGUGUCCCCAAUGUCACCUCCCACACGUCCCCGCGCCCCCACGUGUGCCACCCCCCCCCCCCCAUGGCAGCGGUGUCCCCGUGUUGUAGAGGGGGCACCGCAGUGCCACCCCCUCCUGUCCGCCCCCACUGUCCCCAUUGUCCCCAUUGUCCCCAUUGUCCCCAUCGUCCCCACUGUCCCCAUUGUCCCCUCGGUCGGUGGCGGCUUUUGGCGCUGUCAGCGCCCGGAUCCUUCCCGGCUUUGUGCCCCACACAAUGGCAGCGCCACGUGCGCCGACCCGAUGUCCCCUCCGCGUCACCCGGCGGGACGGACAGACGGACAGAGGGACGCUGUGCCGGCGGGGGCUGAAGGGCCGGAUGGCUGCGGGGGGGCUGCUGUGCGCGGCCAGCGGGCUGUGCGCGCUGCUCGGCGCCACCGCCACCGACUUCUGGCUGAGCCCGCGGGGACGCGGAGACGCCGUCGGACUGUGGCGGUUCUGCACCGCCGGGGGGCACUGCCGGACCCCCCCCGGGCAGCCCGCGAUUUGGGACGCCACGCGGGCGCUGAUGCUGCUGGCCGUGCUGGCUGCUGCCGUUGGUUUCGCCGUGGGGCUGUCGGCCGCCGGCGGUGCUGCAUGGAGGGCGCGCGCACGCGUGGCCGGGAUGGCCAUGCUGCUGGCUGGGGCGCUGGCGUUGCUGGGGCUGGCAGUUUGCACGGCGGGGGCGCGGGGCACUGCCUGGCACUUCUCCUGGUCCUACAUCCUGGGCUGGGUCGGCGUCGUCCUCAUUGGCUCUGCAGGGCUCUUCCAUCUCUGUGCCGCUGCAAAGGACCUGUCCCCAGAGAGCUCUGAAACAGGGGGAGGCUGAGGGGUUCUGGGACCUCCAUCCCACUCCUCCCCCCCCUACAGUGCCCAUAGGAGUGUGGUUGUGCGGUCACUGCUGCACCAAGUUGUGUAUGGUCACUGUAGGCUGACCCUGCCCAACACUUUGCCCCCUCCCCCCUCUUUCCCACCCCCCUCCCCCAAGUUUUGCUGUGCCAAUAAACUGCCAUUCCCCCCCAGUGUCUGUUUGCUGCUGUGUCCUAUGAGAUUCGGGUGGAAAAAGGGACUUUUGUGAAGUUCCA